UUUCCGAUCCACCAUCUGCGGUGGGAUUGCCACCAAGAUGCAGACUUUUGUAAACACCCUCACAGGGAAGACCAUCACCCUUGAGGUUGAACCGUUGGAUACAAUAGAAAAUGUAAAAGGCAAAAUCCAGGAUAAGGAAGGAAUUCCUCCUGUUCAGCAAAGACUGAUUUUUGCUGGCAAACAGUUGGAAGAUGGGUGUACUUUGUCUGACUACAUCAUCCAAAAGGAGUCCACACUUCAUCUUGUGUUGAGACUUCGUGGUGGUGCUAAGAAAAGAAAGAAGUCUUACACCACUCCCAAGAAGAAUAUGCAUAAGAGGAAGAAGGUUAAGCUGACUGUCCUGAAAUACUAUAAGGUGGAUGAAAAUGGCAAAAUCAGCCGCCUUCGUCGGGAGUGCCCUUCAGAUGAAUGUGGUGCUGGGGAUUUUAUGGCCAGCCAUUUUGACAGACAUUAUUGUGGCAAACGUCUGACUUACUGUUUCAACAAACCAGAAGACAAAUAA